AGCAUUGUUGCGUUGUUGAGAGGUAAUAGCCCUCAUCGGUGAAUAUAACAACCAAAAGAAGAGAGGGUGAAAAAGAAGAAAAGGAUAUGGAAAAGUGAACACAACAAAAGCAAGAGCAAUGCAAUGGAAAGCAGUAUAUACUAUGAACCCGAAAUAAAAACUAAAAGGCAAAGAACACAACCUUUUAGUCUUUUACCAUGGGUUACACAAAAAGCCUUAAAGAGUUAAAGGUGGGUGACAACUGAAACUUCAUAAACGUUCAAAAGGAAAAUUUCUUGUACAACACAACACUACAGCAGGCACUCAGGCAGGCUGGAAGCUGCUGCCAAAAAACUUCAUGUCUUUCUUCUUCUCUCUCCAAACCUCCAAAAUCCUCUCAAAAAUUAAUUCCCAGUGGCGGAUAGAGGGGUAGAAGCGAGUGUCAGUGUUGUUACUCUAUGUGGCCUUGAGUUGGCGUAGGAAUGUAUACAAAGAAGUGAUAAGCAUGUGAAGUUAUAUCCUCUUUAUAUGUUUCCUUCCUUGUUACUUGUAUGUAGAAGUGGAGAAAAAAAUCAGUGAAGGCGAAAAUCUUCCAAGAUGGGUUGUGCUUCAUCAAGGAUUGAUAACGAAGAAAGAGUACAAAUUUGUAAAGAAAGAAGGAGGACAAUGAAACAAUUGUUGGGCUUGAGAAAAGAAUUUGCCAGUGCCAUUUUAGCAUACUUGAAGGCACUGAAAGACACAGGUAUAACCCUCCGACAAUACACUGAAUUAGAGUUUCAGGAGCUUGAGAGUGUUUUGCCUUCUUCUCCACCGCUCCCUCUUCCGCCUUCACCUCCACUCCCUCUUCCACCUUCACCUCCACUCCCUCCUCCGAUUGAUAGUCCUGAUUCAAGGAAGCUUGAAGAUAAUCAAAAUAGCAAGGAAGCCCAAGAAGAGAUCAUUCAGGUUGGUGAGGAAAGUAAUUUCCCCCCUCCACCACUUCCUCGUCCUUGGGAUCUCCGUGACUUACUUGAGAGUUCUUUAGGACAACAUAAAGUUGAGAGCGUAGUGGUUGAAGAUGUUGAUGAAGAGAAUUGGGCUGAGACAAGAUCACAGUUUGAUGAAGAGGAUCAAGUGUAUGGUACACCUGCUAAAGCUUCUGAUGCUCUUAGAAUAAAUUUUUCUAAUGUGGAUGUUAAUUCAUCCAUGGUGACUGGACAGAGGAAACAUAUGGUAGAUAGGGCCAUGGUAGUCUGGAGGAGGAGGAAGACAUUAUCUGGCAUAGUUAAGGAGCUUGAUGAUUACUUCUUGAAAGCAUCUGCAGGUGGGAAGGAGAUAGCAGUUCUAGUAGACAUGGGUACAUGGACCUCUUCCUUGCAUAAUGACUUUAAAGAAAGAAAAGAGAAGGGGAACAACUCUGCUCGAUUGAGUUCAUUGUCAUGGAACUGGUCAUCUAGAUCACUACUAGUGGCAAAGGAUGCUUUGGAGGUUGCCGCCCCUACUGAACCUUGCAAGCCGGGAGCGCACUGCAUCACACUUGAGAAAAUUUAUGCUGAAGAACAGACACUCUACACGGCAGUAAGGGAAGAGGAGCUGGUAAAAUUGGAGCAUGAGCGGAAAUCUUUAUCAUUGCAAAAGCAAGAAGAUGAUAAUGGUGACUUGGAGAAGAUAGAGAAAACACGGUCUGCUGUCGAAAACUUGCAAUCUGACAUUGUGCGUUUGCAAGAGUUAGUAAAAAGGACAUCUGCCUGUAUAUUAACCACCAUAGAUGAGGAGCUGCAUCCUCAGCUUAUUGCGUUAAUUACCGGGCUUGUUCACAUGUGGAAAACAAUGAAUGAUUGCCAUCAAGUUCAGAGUCAUAUCUCACAGCAGGUGCUUCUUCUGACCAGUCACAAUGCAGAACCAACAACAGAGAAUCACCGUGAAGCAGCAAUUCAGCUUGAGGGUGGGAUCAGUUUCUGGUAUAACAGCUUUUGUAGACUCACAAAGUCUCAAAGAGCUUAUUUAGAAGCCCUGUGCAGGUGGAUUCAGCUUACUGACUUUCCUGUAGAUGGUGAAAAUCAAAAUUGCUGUCCAUCUCUGGUUCGCAAUCUCUGCCAAAAAUGGCUGCUUGCCCUUGAUAGACUACCUGAACAGGUUGUAUCAGAAGCCAUUAAGAGCUUUCUUAAAGUUAUACGAUCAAUAAGGUCGCAGCAGCAGGAAGAAUGCAACCAGAAGAAAAAGAUAGACAAGUUAGAGAGGAGAUGGCAGAAGGAACUAAGGUCAUUAAGUGAAAUUGAAAAAAAGCUGGAAGCAAACAAUAGAUUGGGAGAUAUGGAAUCUGGUUUGAGCCCGAAGCAUCCAUUGUCUGUGAAACGUGCAAGAACUGAUACCUUACAAAAGAUGCAUGAGAAUGAGAAGGCUAAAUAUCUAACUUGUAUUCAGGUUAGCAGGGCCAUGACCUUAAGUAACCUGCAAAAGUGCCUCCCGCGUGUCUUUGAAGCACUCAUGGAAUUUUCAAGUGCAUGUACUCAGGCCUUCGAGAUCGCUCUUAACCAUGCAGACCAAGUUGAUAAUGACCAAGUAUCGCACGCUCAAAUAUAAAAUUUUAAUGGACUAGUUGCCCACUUAUGCUUUUUCAAGAGCUGUUAAAUUUUGUAUGAUGAUUGUCAUUGGUAAUGCAACAGGGCUAUGUGUUUGUUUGA